GCCGCCGGCCGCUACACCUCGCUGCGCUGUAAUCUCCGGCACUGGCCAAGCCAUGUCCUCUUCCGCGCGGAAGUUGGCGCCCCUGCGCAGGGUGUUCGUGGUAGGGGUCGGCAUGACCAAGUUCGUGAAGCCUGGAACUGAGGAUGCAAGAGACUACCCUGACAUGGCAAAAGAAGCAGGCCAGAAGGCUUUAGCUGAUGCACAGAUUCCUUACUCAGCGGUGGAGCAGGCUUGUAUUGGCUAUGUUUAUGGUGAUUCUACUUGUGGACAGAGAGCUGUCUAUCACAGUUUAGGAUUGACUGGAAUUCCUAUAAUUAAUGUCAACAAUAACUGUUCAACUGGUUCUACUGCGUUGUUUAUGGGCCGGCAGCUGAUUCAGGGUGGUAUGGCAGAGUGUGUCUUGGCCCUUGGGUUUGAGAAGAUGGAGAGGGGAUCCCUUGGAGCGAAAUUUCCAGAUCGAACCAAUCCCAUGGAUAAACAUCUUGAUGUCCUGAUAAACAAAUAUGGAUUGUCUGCCCACCCAGUUGCUCCUCAGAUGUUUGGGUCUGCUGGAAAAGAGCACAUGGAAAAAUAUGGAACGAAAAUUGAACACUUUGCAAAAAUUGGGUGGAAAAACCAUAAGCAUUCAGUUAAUAACCCGUAUUCCCAGUUCCAAAAGGAAUACAGUUUAGAUGAAGUGAUGUCAUCUAGACCAAUUUUUGAUUUUUUGACUGUCUUACAGUGCUGUCCCACUUCAGAUGGUGCUGCAGCAGCAAUUUUGGCCAGUGAAGAAUUUGUGAAGAAGUAUGGCUUGCAGUCCAAAGCUGUGGAAAUUUUGGCACAAGAGAUGGUAACUGAUUUUCCAAGCUCAUUUGAAGAAAAGAGCAUUAUUAAAAUGGUUGGGUUUGAUAUGAGUAAAGAAGCUGCCAGAAGAUGCUAUGAGAAAUCUGGCUUGAGACCAAGUGAUAUUGAUGUAAUAGAACUUCAUGAUUGCUUUUCUGCCAACGAACUCCUCACUUAUGAAGCACUAGGACUCUGUCCGGAAGGACAAGGUGGAGCACUGGUUGACAGAGGAGAUAAUACUUACGGAGGAAAGUGGGUCAUAAACCCUAGUGGUGGAUUGAUUUCAAAGGGACACCCCCUGGGAGCUACAGGUCUGGCUCAAUGUGCCGAACUCUGCUGGCAGCUGAGAGGGGAAGCCGGAAAGAGGCAAGUUCCUGGUGCAAAGGUUGCUCUGCAGCAUAACUUGGGCCUCGGAGGAGCUGCGGUUGUCACACUCUACAAGAUGGGUUUUCCUGAGGCUGCCAGUUCUUUCAGAACCCAUCAAAUUGAGGCUGCUCCAACCAGCUCUGCAGGUGAUGGAUUUAAGGCAAAUCUUGUCUUUAAGGAGAUUGAAAAGAAGCUUGAAGAGGAAGGAGAACAGUUUGUGAAGAAGAUUGGUGGUAUAUUUGCCUUCAAGGUGAAGGAUGGCCCUGGAGGUAAAGAAGCCACCUGGGUGGUAGAUGUGAAGAAUGGCAAAGGAUCAGUGCUUCCCAACUCAGAUAAGAAGGCUGACUGCACGAUCACCAUGGCUGACUCGGACUUACUGGCCUUAAUGACUGGUAAAAUGAACCCUCAGUCGGCCUUCUUUCAAGGCAAAUUGAAAAUCACCGGCAACAUGGGUCUGGCUAUGAAGUUACAAAACCUUCAGCUUCAGCCAGGCAAGGCCAAGCUCUGAAGAGCUCCCUUUGGCUGCUUCUGAAAAUCAAGAUGAGAUUUGUAGAUGUGUAUCGAUGUAUUUUCAUCACCAGAACUUACACUGAAACUACACAUGGGCAAAUAGUGCGAAAUCGAUUUGUUUCUAAAUGGGUGUGACCAAUCUUGUCUCUCAGCACGGGGUCGCUAGAGCCCAGUGGGUACUGCUGUGCUGAAAUGCAAACAACUGUGCGUUACAAAGUUAGCUGGGUGAUUAUGAUUCGAGGUAAAACUGUUGCAGAAUAAAAUUAGGAGCAGCAAGAAUCCAAAAACUAUGUAAACAGAACUCUUAUUUUGCUUGAAAAUUAUAUUUAAGGAUUAUCCUGCUGAAGAUUCCAUGUAAAAGGUUUUUAUAGAAAGAACUAGAGAAGACACAAUAUGAGUAACUGGACAGUAGCUGGUGUCUUGCACUUAAUGACCUCAAUGAACUUCUCAUUGAUAGUUCUUAAAAUCCUGUACUGGGAUUAAAAAAUAUUUAAAUUUUGCAUCAUGCUAGCAGAAACUGUAUUUUGUUUCUGAAUCAAAAUGAAGAAACAUAAUCAGAGUUUGUGGGAAAAAUCUAGCUGAGCACAGACCUGUUUUUAAAUAAAAAUAUUUUAAAAUGGGGUUCCUUCCUGAAAAAUCAGUGUAUUAGCAUCAUAAAUGCUAUUGUUAAAAGGAAGAGAACAAAUAAUGUUUGCUUUGACAUGCACAGUCUUCAAAUUAUAUCUCAUUAAUUUAACAAUUUAUAAAGCUCUCAGUCCUUUGUUAAAAUUCUCCUUUUUCACUUAGUUUAGUUUAAAUAAUUAUCCAUGUUUAUCUCUUUUCCUAGCUUUUCUAAUGCUAAUGUUAUUUCUUAUACUUAAUGAGACACAGGGUAAAAUAAUGCUUUUGGAAGAACGUUUGAUAGAAAAUUAAAAUCGCUCUUCCUCUUCCGCUU